UGGGGAUCAUCUCACACCCGGACCUUCUGAUCGUCUCUGUUGAACGGCAUCCAACUGAAAACCUCCGCAUGCCCAUGCAACACUGCGCCCAAUAAGAUCGUACCUGAUAUGUAGAACCCAAUGAUGUAUUUACCAGGUACAAGCAUAAACCCUACUCUGCUUCUGUCUCCCGCGCCCAGACGGGUUCGGCUUCGGGAGAGGACAUAUCCUGGCGCUCGGCCCGCUGCAACAUUUCACCCAUUCACCUCACAGCAAGCAUCAUACGAAGCAUAGAUUCAACUGAAUGCCUGAUGUUCGAUGUUUUCAACUGAUACCGGCCGAAUAGAGCUCACUUCAGAUACUGUCCAUUUUUUCUUCCUCUUCGAAAAUGCUUCUCGAGUACGUGGCAACUGCUCGGUUCCAGCCACCCGCCCAAUAUGCGACCCAGGAAUAGCGACCACCCGAGUGUGGGAAAGUCUCUCAGCUCGCUGUUUCCUGUCUCAAGGUGGGACUCGUCUCUCAGCCAACCGUGCAAAAGGUGUGUCACACUCAAGACUCAAGGAUCGAGCUAUGUCUAUGCAUAUCUGCCGUAUUGAGCCAAUCCCUACUAUUGUCGUUGCAUACUUGCGCGGGACUACUGUAAUCAGCUGCAGGCGAUUAGGCUUCAAUGCAUUCUACCUACUCAAAAGAUCACUGUACAUCGCUCCAAUCGGCAGGCACUUUAAAUCUACGCACAUCUGGAAGGCUUCAUCAUUCCACGGGGUGGAUUCACGCCCUCUGUCGUCCACUUGCGCCACUGCGACAGAAGUGGCAAUAUCUAACCAGUAGCUUUCGAUGCUCUGGUACAUCUUAGCUCAAGCGUGCAACGUGGUCAGCCUGCCGUAUCUCACGGUGCAGUAGCGGGAGCAUCGGACACGUCAAGAGGGUGUUAAUCAAUCAGUGGCGAUGUAUUCUGCGCAUGCGGCAGGAACUCCUAUAGGCGUAAAGCGUGCAACUGGACGACUUUCCUUG